CUUUCUUGCCCAUUUGGGUGUGUGAACGAGAAUGAAACCUUUCUCUAAUUGCGAUUCACUGAAGAACCCAUCGAUCUUCAAGAUCUCUGCCUUCAUUCUAAUAUCGCUCUCUUUCUUUUAUCUGGGCAAGCAUUGGUCUGAUGGGUACCCACAGCUCAUCUUCUUCACUGAAACUCGAUAUUCCCCUCCUUCAGUGUCAAUGUCGCCUAAUCACGACAACCCCUUCAAUGUUUCUUCUCUGAUCGAGCAGAAUCUAACCCGUGCAGCUCCGGAGAAAGCCCUUUCUUCUGCCCCGGCCCCGACCGCAUCUCCGAUUCUCAGUUCAUUCCCUCCUCAUCCGCCGCCGCUUCCUUCUCCGCCACCUCCGCCAUCUAAUUCAUUGCACAGAUUUGGUAUCGUGAACGAGAAUGGAACUAUGGCUGACGAGUUUGAGGUGGGAAAUUUAGAUCUCGAGUUUACGGAGAAUUGGGAGAAUGAGAUUGAGAAUGGGACGGAUACUAGUGGCCCUAUCAAGAUUACGAUCAAGAAGUUUGCUUUUUGCCCGCAGAACAUGGGGGAGUACAUACCUUGCUUGGAUAAUGUGGCUGCCAUUAAGAAGCUGAAGUCGACGGAAAAGGGGGAAAAGUUUGAGCGCCACUGCCCUGAUGUUGGUGAGGGAUUGAACUGCUUAGUUCCAGCACCGAAAGGAUACCGGACGCCCAUUCCCUGGCCGAGGAGCCGUGAUGAGGUGUGGUUCCGCAAUGUUCCUCAUACCCGUUUGGUUGAAGACAAAGGCGGUCAAAACUGGAUCUCCCGGGACAAAGAUAAAUUUAGGUUCCCUGGAGGUGGUACGCAAUUCAUUCAUGGGGCAACUGAGUACUUGGAUCAUAUCUCUAAGAUUGUUCCUGAUGUUGCUUUUGGUAGCCAUACACGAGUAGUUUUGGAUAUUGGGUGUGGUGUUGCGAGUUUUGGUGCCUACCUGCUAUCACGGAAUGUAGUAACAAUGUCCAUUGCUCCCAAAGAUGUUCAUGAGAACCAGAUUCAGUUUGCUCUUGAACGUGGUGUUCCUGCAAUGGUUGCAGCAUUUUCUACUCGCCGUUUACUGUAUCCAAGUCAAGCUUUUGACUUAAUACAUUGCUCUAGAUGUAGAAUUAAUUGGACUCGUGAUGAUGGAGUUCUGUUGCUGGAGGUUGACAGAAUGCUAAGGGCGGGAGGAUACUUUGCUUGGGCAGCACAGCCUGUUUACAAGCAUGAAGAAGCCUUGGAGCGGCAGUGGGAAGAGAUGAUUAACCUCACCACUCGUCUCUGCUGGGAGUUUGUGAAAAAGGAUGGGUAUAUAGCAAUAUGGAAAAAGCCAAUGAAUAACAGCUGCUAUCUUAGCCGUGAUUCAGGAGUUAAGCCUCCACUUUGUGAUGUAGAUGAUGAUCCAGAUAAAGUUUGGUAUGUGGAUCUGAAGCCUUGCAUUACCAGGCUGCCAGAAAAUGGUUUUGGAAGAAACGUCACGACAUGGCCUGCACGCUUACAUUCUCCUCCAGAUAGGCUUCAGAGCAUUCAAUAUGAUGCCUAUAUUUCUAGAAAUGAGCUCUUCAGGGCCGAAUCUAAAUAUUGGAAUGAAAUUAUAGAAAGCUAUGUGCGUGUAUUACAUUGGAAGAAGAUAAGACUAAGGAAUGUAAUGGACAUGAGAGCUGGAUUUGGAGGGUUUGCUGCAGCUUUAAUUGAUAAUAAACUGGAUUCGUGGGUGAUGAAUGUCGUCCCCCUGAGUGGACCGAACACCUUACCCGUUAUAUAUGACCGUGGACUUCUCGGAGUUCUUCAUGAUUGGUGCGAACCUUUCGAUACAUACCCAAGAACAUACGAUCUAUUGCAUGCAGCUGGUCUUUUUUCAUCUGAAAUGAAAAGAUGCAAUAUGUCGACAAUCAUGCUCGAGAUGGAACGGAUCUUAAGGCCUGGGGGCCAUGUAUACAUUCGUGAUACUAUUGCUGUCAUGGAUGAGCUUCAAGCCAUUGGAAAGGCGAUGGGUUGGCAUGUUACCCUGCGUCAUACAUCCGAGGGGCCUCAUGCGAGCUAUAGGAUACUGGUUGGUGAAAAACGCCCUCGUAAACGAAAAUUGCAGGAUGUGCUGAGUUAAGUACAAGUCCUUCAGCUCAUUACUGAAAAUGAGAAGCAAGUGGAGUAAACACAGGCUAAUUUCCCACCGACAGAGAUGAAGAAAGCAUCAAAUUAAUGUAUGCUUUGGCACACAACCGCUGGUCUUCAUUUGGUUGGUGCCGUCAGAUGGUACAGCAUAUGAAAGCGUAGAUUUGGUGCCAUAGUGGGUUGUUUUUGAAGUUUAGAAGAAGGUAGAUGGCAUAGCAUCAUUGCAGCUUGACUGCAAAUUGGAGAACUAGAGAUUGUAAACAAUUGAUCAUACACCAAGUCAAGCAUCAGAACCACAUUCAAUCCUCAUUCAAUCUUUUUU